AUGAAUAUCGUCGGUUCAACUGAUGCCAGUGCCAGUGCCAACGCUACUUCUACCACUGGUCAACAACAGUCAGUCUACAUUUCCUCAGUAGUAGGUGUCUCACAUGGAUUUCAAGCUGUACGAUAUUUUCAAGCUGUAUGCAAUCAUCCUUGCCUAGUUCUGAAAUCCGGCCAUCCACUACUUGAUGAAAUCAAGUGUGAAUUUAGCAUUCAGUCGUCGGAUCAGUUGAGAUCAAUUCAUUUGAGUGGGAAAUUGUUAGCUCUAUGGUAA